AUGACCAUGAAUGAGCGGAAUGGAGUUAACAAUUCGGAGAUGAUUCGAAGAUGCCGCGAGUUCUCUCAGUGGGUUAAUGACAAUGACUUGAUUGACUUGGGGUGUUCAGCUCCAGAACACACGUGGUUCCGAGGGAACUCGCCUGAGACCUUUAAAUCAGCUAGAUUGGAUAGGGGAUUGGCUAAUGAAGAGUGGCGUAUGCGAUUUGGGGAAGGAGCAGUCCGUAACUUACCAAAAGCUGCAUCGGAUCAUUGUCCGAUUAUUGUGAGUACAACUGGUUUCGCUCCCAUUCCUACAGCGACGAAACCAUUUCGAUUUCAAGCAGCAUGGAUGAAUCAUGCUAAAUUCCACGAAUUUGUCUUUGAAAACUGGAAGUCGAAUGCUCCCAUUGUUCCGUUUUUGAAGGAGUUUGCUGGUAAGCUUCAAAAGUGGAACAAAGAUGAAUUUUAUAAUAUUUUUCAGAAAAAAUCCGAGUUAUGGGCAAGGUUAGAAGGAGUUCAGUCUAUCCUAGCUUCGGGGCGCCAAUCUCACCUAAUUAAGUUGGAAGCUAAAUUAAGAAGAGAAAUGGAUGAGGUUUUGAAUGCGGAAGAGAUGUUAUGGUUCCAGAAAUCUCGAAUGGAUGCAAUUAGAGAUGGGAAUAGAAACACUAAGUUUUUUCAUCUCUCAACAAUAAUUCGCAGGAGGAGAAAUAGAAUUGAUUCACUAAUGGAUGAAAAUGAGACUUGGGUUCAUGAAGCGGAUGGAGUCCGAAAGUUGGUCAUGGACUACUGGAGUACUCUUUUUCAAGAAGAGGAGUCUGAGGCCCAAGGGAGUGCUUUAUUGUGGAGAUACUUCCCAGAUAUCCCAACUGUUGAGCGAGAAAAAAUUUCUCGACCAUUCGCUUCAUGCGAAAUUUUGGCGGCUUUAAAGGACAUGCAACCUUUUAAGGCUCCAGGCCCGGAUGGGUUUUCAACCAAUUUUCUACCAAAGGUUCUGGGAAGUUGUGCAGCCUAA